UCCAUUCUGGACCCACAACACACCUCAAAUGCGCGUCGGGGACUCGACUGUAUAUACUUACAGCUGUCCGACUUGACGGCUGCUAGCAGGUCUCUUCGUGCGCAAGCAUGUCGAGCAUUAAAAACUUGCUUAAUCCUACGGAAGAUCAAGCGGAAUUAUAUGAACCGUCGUCCAGCCCCCGUAAGCGCGAGGAUGGUCGGCAGUCACCCGUAUCUGCAUCGGACGCGGGUGCAAGUGUAGUUGCAGAGCCAAGCUCCAGUACGGCGGAUCUGAGAUGUGCGCAACGCAAACCACACCCCAACUGUCCUGAUACACUGGACUGUCUGCCCGAUACAGAUGGUCGGCCACAGCAUACCUUACCCGUGAUCCUUCGUUGUGCGAUACUAGGAAGUGCUAAUAAGCGCUUGACUAUUCGCGAAAUAUAUGCGGCUAUGGAAAACAAAUACACAUAUUUUCGAAACGCAGGCCCUACUUGGAAGCAAUCAGUUCGCCACCACCUCUCCUUAAACAGGCUUUUUGAGCGUCAACCCCGCCCAGUCACUGAUCCUGGGUUUGGUUCAUACUGGACGGUAAAUCUUUCCGCACCCCCGGGCACCAAACGACCGCGCAAGCGCGGACGAUCCUCGAAGACUUCAGAAAAAGAUUCAGAGAAAAAGAGACGUGGAAGGCCAAGGAAGCCGACAGAAACUAUCAGUAACUCGAAGUUACCAAAAGUCUGGACGGAGCCAGAGUCAGCAUCUCCAAGCGAAUCACGCCUAAAUUCGGUGUUACGCUCGCAAAUGCAACUCGAUGCAGCUGAAGAGCGCUCUACCAUAGCGGCAGAAGAUGACGAAUGUGAUAUGUCAGAAGUGGAGUAUGAGAGCGAAGAAGACAUGAUCGUCCCUCGUAAUCAUCAUCCAUCAACUUCUAGCCUCGGAAUCUUUGGUGUUCGCGAGGGCCCUUCACGUGUGUACAGUCCAGAACGGAGCCUUAACGUGUUUGCCACCGUUGACGAAGGCCUUAUCGACCGUCUGCAAAUAGAAAAUGCAGGGCUGCGUCGCCAAUCUGCGGACGCGGUAUCCCUGUCGAUGCGAAUAUCAGAUCAACUCGCAGAGGCGCAUGCGGAGGCUGCACGCGCAAAGGCUGCCCUGAGAGUUACUGAGAAUAUGCUGGAAGAAGAAGGUAGGAAGAGAAGGGAGGCCGAGAGGGUGGCACAGGAGGAAGCACGAUUGAGAAGGGUUGCCGAGGAAACCAUCUUCCGACUUCAGAGUCAACGGGAGAGCGUAAGUCAUGCGAGCUGAAACCUUCUGCCAUCCAGUUUCCUCGUCACAACUAUUGCCACACUAUCUCUGGUAUCGCAUGGAGCUUCCCGGGUGGAAUCUCCUUACUCUAUUCUGACUGGCGAAUUUCCUCGAAUUCCAUGCCACCCUCCCGACAUUCGCCCUUGAAGGCCCGCAUGCUUAGUAUGCAUCUUCCAUCACUUCCAGUACAUAUGUAGAACACGCACAUUGGAUACCGGGUAAAUACAGAAGUACUAACGAAAUGUUUAUAAUGAUGUAGUCGCUGAUAGACCACCGAUAGUACCAUAUUUUUUAGAACUUGCACCUAGUGGCAGGAUGGAG